AGACUCCCCGAACGUUUCUCUCUCACUCACACACACUCGCGGCCACUAAAGGCGCCGUCGUCAUUAUUAUUUGUUUUCAUUUAUAUAUUUUUCCCCCAACUCGAAACACAAGAAGCGCGUUGACGGACAUCAAGAAACGUUCGUUCUUCCUUUCCCUCGUAACCUUCUUCUUUGGGCUUGUUUGUAUUUUUCGUAGCUGGCCUGCUUUCUGUGAUAUCACAAAUACUCCUCGCCCUCUUCACUUCUGCUGCAGGGGAGGGGGUUUCCCUUACACCGUCCAGCGUUGCUUUCCACGCCGACAAGAGAUCAGCAUAUAUAUAUAUAUAUAUAUAUAUAGUAAGGUUUCAGGUGUGUUGUACGCUUCUACUGACCGCUCGCCGUCCCCCCCCCCCUCCUUUGUUCUCUUUCGCCUCCUUUUCUACGUUUCUCUACGGGCCGCUUGAAUACUCGUGUGCGCUUGAAGCUAUUCAGCACGUACCCUCCUCCUUCUCUUCUCUCUCUCUCUCCCCUCUUCGUGUUGUUGGUGUUUUCACUUGCUUCUUUGUUCUUCUUCUUUUAAUUCUCUCUCCUUCGCUUGCAAUCGAAGCACCGGGUACAUCUCGGAGCUGCCUCUGCGCCUUCCACUGUUUACCGCGUCCGUCUUCUAACAUCACCUGUUGUUGUAGUGCUGAUUUGGGGCUUUUUCUCUCCGUUUUUUAAAAAGAAAAGCGAUAUUUUUUUUCUUUUCUUGUAAAACCGUGUUGUUGUUGGUGUGGACGUUGCUCGAUCACUUCCUCGUAGCACGGACGGCGUGUCAUCGCUUUUCGCUGUCCCUCCUCCCCUUCCCUUUCUCCGCCCUUACGGCUGCUGCCGCGGUGUGUCAUACAUUCGCUGUGUGAGCGUGUCCUCUUGUCUCUUUCGCGGUGCACGCUUCCCCCACCUCCCUCCUCAGAAGCAAACCAACAUCCAGCGAAACAACGAAAGAGAGGGAAAGAAAAAAUGGGCGGCUGCGUUCUUUCGUUGAUGGCGAGCCGCAACGCCGCACAGGUCUGCGACGACCCCCGCUACGCAGAGUACAUCGCACGGCUGGACAGGUGCAACGGCUGCUUUGUGCAGACCGUCGCCGGCACCGCGACGGCCACCAGCUCUGCGGUUUACCGCCUUGGCGGCCUCACGGACGCAGAGCACGCGGAUUUCCUGGCGGCGGCGGCGGCACGUCCGAACCUGUUCACCGCGCUGAUGCAGUACUGUUCAGAGCGGCGGACGAAGCCCAUGCUCGGCCACCGGCCGGUGAGGUGUGUGACGAAGGACUCAGUGCCCACCGGUCCCAGCGGGAAGUUGCGGGAGAUGAACAUCACACACCUCGACGACACCGUUUACGUGACGUACGCAGAGGUGAAGGAGCGCAUCGAUAACUUCGGCGCCGGCCUGGCCGCCCUCGGCGUGCAGGCGCACGACAACGUCUCCAUCUACCUCGACACCUGCGUGGAGUGGAUGAUCGGUAUUUACGGGAUGUGGUCGCACAGCAUCGUCGCCGCGACCGUGUACGCAAACCUCGGCGAGGCCGCACUCGCGCACGCCCUGCACGAGACCGCAAGCCACGCGAUUCUGUGCGGGGCGACGAACAUCGCGAAUGUGCUGAAGCUGAUGUGGAACGGUGUGACGCCGCAGGUGCCGCUGAUUUGCGUUGGUGCGCUGCCCGCCGCGUUGGAUACGCACGGCGUAGCGGUGCUGCGCUUCGAGGCGGUGGAGGCGCUCGGCGCGGCGCGGCGGGCGAGCGGGGACGCCUCCGCUGGCACCGGUCCCCGCAACGAUGACGACCUCGCGCUGAUCAUGUACACCUCCGGCACGACCGGCGACCCGAAGGGCGUCAUGCACACGCACCGCACCCUCGUCGCGGGGAUGCACACCCUGGAGCCGCGCGUCCAUGAACUGAUGGGCCCGCCGGGCGCGUCGGAGGUCUACCUACCGUAUUUGCCCAUGGCCCACAUUAUGGAGUUCACCAUCGUGAACAUCUUCCUUGCCCGCGGCGCCUUUCUUGGGUUUGGCACGCCGCGCACACUGACCGACUCGACGACGCGACCGCACGGGGAUUUGAAGGAGUUCCAGCCCUCCCUCUUCGUCGGCGUCCCGCGCAUCUUUGACACGCUCAAGAAGGUCGUGGAGGCGAAGCUGCCGCCGGUGGGCUCGCUCAAGCGGCAGGUGUUUGACCACGCGUACCAAAGCCGGCUGGCGGCAAUCAGGCAGGGGAAGGAGACGCCCUACUGGAAUGAGAAGGUGUUCAAGGCCCCUCGCGAGGUGCUCGGCGGCAACCUGAAGGUCAUGCUGAGCGGCGGCGGCCCGCUGUCCGCCACCACGCAUGAUUUUGUGAACGUUGUCUUCGGCCGCAUCGUGAUCGGCUACGGUUUGACAGAGACGGUCUGCACGGGUGGUAUUCAAAUCAGCGGUGAUACGCAGACGAACAUGACAGGCUUGAUGGAGCCCGGGCAGGAGCUGAAGCUCGUUGACACGGAGGAGUACAAGCACACCGAUCAGCCGCACCCGCGCGGCGAGAUGUGCGUGCGCGGCCCCUUCCUGUUCAAGGGCUACUACAAGAAGCCGGAGCUGACGGCGGAGGCGAUCGACGCGGAGGGCUGGUUCCACACCGGCGACAUCGGCAGCUACACCGAAGAAGGGAAAAUGUGUAUUGUCGGUCGCAUCAAGGCCCUCGCGAAGAACUGCCUGGGCGAGUACAUCGCCCUGGAGGCGCUCGAGGCCGUCUACGCGGGGAACGAGCUGCUGCAGCCCAACGGCGUCUGCGUGCUCGUCCACCCCGACAAGCCGUACAUCGCCGCCCUGGCGCUGACGGACGAGACGCGGGCCACGAAGUUCGCGGCGUCGCGCGGGAUUCCGGGAAGCUACCCUGCCAUGCUGGCGGACCCACGUUUUCAUGCGGAGGCGGCGAAGUCGCUCGCCGAGACGGCCCGUGCGUGCCGCCGCGCCUCCUUCGAGUGUGUGAAGCGAGUGCGCGUGUUCGAUGACGAGUGGACCCCCGAGAACAACAUCCUGACCGCCGCCAUGAAGCUGAAGCGACGGUCCAUCGACGAGCGCUACGCCGACACCAUUGACGAGCUGUUUGCGGAGGACUAA